AUGCUCACGCCGAUCCGAGUGCGCGGCCGUAGAAAAAAACGCCCUGCUCCCACCGAAGAUGCAGGACCUCAACCCAAGCGCUCAAGAGGCCGCGGCGGGCGACCGUUAAUGUCGUUCGCCGAACGAUACAGCUCCUCCCAAAGCCAAGCCAUCAGACGUGCGCAACGUCUAAUCGCAAAACCGGCCAAACAACCGCGCAAGAAACUCAGCCGGCUGGAGACCCUACCGGUGGAACUGAUCGAGAAGAUCUUCCUACAUUCGCUGAACGUCAAUCUACCCCGGGCGUCGGCGUCCCUCGCCGCAACGGUGUCGAGCGAGCGGAUCUACCGCGCUUUGAUCCUUCUGGCAUUCUGGAACGAUGUCCCCUCCUCGACAGGCCCGUUUGAUGCUGUCUCCGCGACGGCAAUCGCGAAGAUCCUGAGGCCGUUGGAUUAUAUCCCGCUUGACCUCAACGAGCGGGGCGCGUUGCAGAGUGCCAUUAUACGGUGUAAAUGGUGCACAGUGCAGCGGCUUCUGAGCCGGUUCCCGGAUCUGAUGGGUCUCAGUAUUCAGCGAUAUUGGUUCAGUGCAGGAAUCACGAUGGCAGAAGACCAAGAAGAGAAGUUGAGACGGUUCCUUGCGCGCGACGAGGACGAGGACGAGACCCGCAAUUUCGAAGGCACGGAUAAAGAUAAUAACCACUACACACUGUCCGUGUCACCUCUUGUGUCUGUAACAGUUACCUGCCACGAAACGGAGACUGCGCAGACGCAUCGCAUCCUCGGUAUCACGGAGUUUCCGGAACGACUCCUCAGGGGUGAAAACGGGUUCACGUCAGAUACUAUCGCCUACCUGGAGACGCUUCGACUCGCGAGCGGAUUCAAUACUUCAGAGCUUAUGGAAACGCAUGUUUCUUUGUCGCGCGAUGUCCUGCAGAAGGGUAUCCAUGCGGCUUUGGUAGAACAGAAUACUGAGGCACUUACUUCCUUACUCAAGAUAGAUGAGUAUUAUUUCCGGUGUAGGAACACAAACGUCGCGGUCACGAAUAGUGUGCCGUAUACGAUUCCAGCGGAGCAUUUUCGUACGGCUGUGCGGGUUGCGCGCGAUGAGCCGGCACUGUUUCAGCUUCUUGUCCGCGCCAGUGCGGAGUCUGUGCCGGAUGAUUCAGGUAUCACGCAGUGGGCUAUGGAUUUAGAUAAUUCGUUUGGACGGUGGCUUCUUGAUCUUAUGUUGCAGCUGCCGCAGCGGAUUGAGGCGGCGAAUGCCAAUCCGGCCGAAGGAGCGGUGUUCUAUCUAGGGAGAGCAAAUGGACAGGUAGAAUUGGCGAGACGAUAUUUGAAUGAGGUUUUGGGGGUUGAGGAAUUGGGGAGUUGGAUGGAAGAAACUUCCCAUGAUUUUGAGAGCCAGUGGAGGUCUCUAUAG